AUGGGUAAAACAACAAAGAAAUCAAAGACCUUGUCAUCUUUGGAGGAAGAGCAUCUUCGUAUGGUUCGUGGUGGAGAAUCGAAAGUUGAAGAUGUCACCGAGUUUGAGAAUCUCUUUGACGAUAAGAGCAAGAAGAAUCAACAACCAGUAGACGAUGACGACGAAGAAGCAUUAUCCUAUUUUAAGAACAACUCUGUUAGUUCUUUUGUAAAAGCUGAUUUUGAAAAUGAUAAGAAUCUUGGAAUGUCAUUGACUAAACAAAUGGAGAAAGAAGGAAUCACUAAAGCAUUUGGUAAAAAAGUUAGUUCCAAAGGAUUGGAUCAAGACAAUGAUGAUGACGAAGAUGAAGAUGACGACGAAGAUGAAGAAGAUGAAGAUGACGAUUAUGAAGAUGACGAUGAAGAUGAUCAUUUAGAAGAGAAUUUCUCAAAGUCAAGAGGUGGAAGAUCAUUUGAAACCGAUGAUAUAGUUAAACAUAGAUUACCUGUUAUCUCUGCGGAUGGUAGUAAGAAGAGCAGAAAAGAUGUCUAUAUCAAUCAGGAGAAGAAACAAGAGGAGAUAAAGGGUGUACAGAAGCAUCCUAAACAGAUUAUCAAGGAGCGAGAAGAAGCUAUGAAGUUGGAGAAACAAAAACAACAACAGGCAAACAAGAAACAAAAGUUGGAACAAGAUAAGAAAAAGAUGAUUAAUACCAAGCAACAACAAGAUGAUAGUGAAGAGGAAAGUGAAUCUGAUGAUGAAGAUGAAGAGGAAGUCAAUGGUGAACAAUUAAGUUAUACUGCAAUGGAUUUAGAUGAAGAGGAAUCUGAACUAUCAGAAGAAGAGGAAGAAGUAGAUUCAAAAGGUGGAAAAAAGAAGAAACUUACAGAGGCAGAGUUAUAUUUACAGAAACAACAAAAUAUUGAACAAUCGAAAAUAAGAAUCGCUCAAAUAUCAAUGAAAAUUACAGAGAAUCCCGAAAAUAAUAUUGGAUUGUUAAAUGAUAUUUUUGCGAUUUGUUUGAAAAACAUUGAUAUGGUGGUGAAGAGACUUGGUGUUUUGUCGUUGUGUGCCAUCUUUAAGGAUAUUAUUCCUGGCUACAAGAUUAGUAGUCAGUUGCACAAGGAGGAUAAAGAUUCAAAGGGAGAGAAGACUGGUGCCGACGGUAAGGACAGAAAGAAAGAGACAUUGAGCAAGGAGAUCAAACAAACACGUAUCUACGAAGCGAAACUACUGAAGUUCUAUCAGAACUACUUGGUGUUGGUGGAGGGUACCGUCGAUAAUGUGCUGGCGUUGCAAUCGAACCGCAAACCAUCGCAUCACAAUGCAUUCUUUACUAAACACCAGGUCGUCGAGGGUAGAUAUACUCCUAGAGAUUUGACAGCUAUUCUCGCUGUCGUUGUGAAAGCUGCGUCGUCGUUGUUGGUCAGCAAACCUCAUUUCAAUUUCCGUACUAAUUUGGUUACGUUGACCGCUCGUUUCACUGUGUAUCGUGAUAAAGCGAUUGCAUCGGAUUGCAUCAAAGCGGUGCACGACUUGUUCCGUAACGAUACAACCGGUGGACAGACUGCACUCGAAGUCGUGCGUUGCAUGUCGAACGUCGCCAAAGCAACCAACUACAUGUUGGAUCCAACCGUGCUAAGAGUGUUCAGUUCGAUCCACUUGACCGACGCCGUCGAGAAGGUGAAUCCACUCGGUGCCGCCACCGACUCCACCAGUUUCCUCUCGUCCAAGAAACGUCGUCAUUUCACACAGAAAGAAAAGAAGGAGCGUCGUGACGAGAAGAAGUUGGCCAAAGAGAUGAACGAAGCCGAGGCAGAAUACACCAUGAAGGAGCAGCGCUAUCUCCAAACCGAGAUCCUCAAGAGCAUCUUUAUCACCUACUUCCGUAUUAUCAAACAGGCUCCCCACUCGCCGGCGCUGACAGCUGUGCUCGAAGGUCUAGUGAAAUUCGCACAUCUCAUCUCUGUCGACUUCCUUCCCGACUUGUUGGCAGCACUCGCUUCGUUGAUUGGACGUGACAACAUCUCACUUGGCAACGCUCUCAACACCUCGAUUACAGCAUUCAAAACCGUGAAGCAACAUGGACACACUUUGAACGUCGACUUGAAAGACUACUUCUCAAAGAUCUACUCGUUGUUGCCGCAACUCGUACUGCCCCGAGAACAACAAUUUUGCUUGCCAGCUAUCGCAGCACUGCAAUACAUGUUGGGAGAACGUAAACAUACUGCCGUCGACAGAGUCGCUUCUUUCAUCAAGAGAAUUCUGACACUCUCCACUGGACUGCCAACUAAUGUCGCACUCGCACUCAUUACAUUCUGUAAGCAGCUGUUUGUUUCAUUCCCAAGAGUUCAAUCGCUGGUUGACACUGACAACUCCUACCGUUCCGGCGACUACAACGGCGAGACACCAGAUCCCGACCACUGCAACGCGUUCUCCACAUCGCUCUGGGAGUUGACACUGUUCUACAAUCACUGGCAUCCACAGUUUGAACCGAUUGUCAAGCGUUUCCUCUCGUUCAAUGAAACCACCGCCGCUCAGCCACCGAAAGAACACAUACUGGAAGUGAAACUCAAGAAGCAACGCGAAGCCGUUGCAGCAGCGGUAGGUUCCAAGAAGAAAGCCAAGAAGGAAGUACCAUUGUUUAUUCAGGUGUCACAGUCAGAGCCAUCCAGCUUCCUACAGAGUAUCACCGGUAAGAUGAACAAGACAAACGACGCCGAUAUUUCAUUCUCUGGUUACUUUAACGAUAUUGCCAACUAUGAAAAGCAAAUGCAUCUAAAGAAACAAUUGGAUGCACUAAAGAGAAGUAAAUUAAAGCUGCAAGAGAUCGAAUUACAAAGAUAUACCAAAACAAAGAAACCAACAACUACUCAAACAGCCACCGCCGCCAAACCAACUGCAAAAACAACAACAAAAGUAGCGCCACAAUCUAAAACUCAACAACAAACUGCAAAACAACUAACAAAUAUCAACAACAAUAACAACAACAAUUCAAAACCAACAACAAAACAACCUUUAAAUCAAAAAAAGAAAAUUUAA